AUGAUGACUCGCAUCUACAUAUCGAGCCGCACUGGCUCACCGGCAUCGUUCCAAACGCUCAAUAUGCUCUUUUCGCUCCUUCUACUGCUCUCGUGCUUUACACACCUCAGCUCAGCGCAGACCGUCACCGAGAUCAUCACGCGCACCACCGGCUCUGCCUCUCUUAACACAGCGACAAGAACACCCAACCCAGCCGCCAGCGCUACCAGCUCGGCACCCCAGGUCACCUCCACCACCAUCCCCGAACUUCAGCUCUCUGGGCCCCAAGUACCCUUCUUGCUCCAGGAACCCAUCCCCGCCCAGUACAAUGACCUUUCUAGAAAAGUCACCUCCCGCAUGAAGGAUGUCUACUUCACCGGCUGUCCCGCCGAUCAGGUCAAUUACGUCGAUCCAGCCCUGCGAAUCAACAUCUCUGCCGUAUAUACCCAGUUCGAUCCCGACCUCGGCAGCGAUCGCCACCUCGCCGCACAGAACAAGUACGACUCUGGCGUGCUCCGAAUCGUGGCUGUUGGCGCCACCGAUUCUGUCGGCAGAACGGUCAACACCAAUGUUACUCCGCAACUGCUCAGCACUCUCUCAGUCGAGACGCAGUUUCUCACCUUUUCCGUCUUUCGCAACGACUCGUAUCUCUGCGACAGCCUGUACCCUGUCAGUCCAGACCCGAACGGAACCGUCGUCAACGGUGUCGUUAUCGAGCCCGCCGGCUGCCUCUACGGCCCUGGUCCGGUUUCGCUCGGCGUCGGCAUCCCCCUCAACGAUACUUACACACUCGGCACGCUGUGGACACGCAUCCGCCUCAGCGAUACUUCGAGCCCUGCCCUCGACAUUGCCUGCUUCGAGGUGCAUGUCAGCCCCUACGACGACGCCAAAUGGUAUUGGAAGCUCAUCUUUUGGUUCCCCGUCGCUCUCACCAUCGGCUACUUCGUUGUCAUCGUCCUCGCCCGCGUGUUCUGCGCCUUCGUUUCACGCGCUCGCGCCUUCAAGAACAAGGCGAGGGAAGGCAGCCAGCCCAACGUCAUCAAGGAUACCAUCGCCCCCACACUUGUCUCGGCCAUCUCGGGUCAGAAGCUGGCUCUGAGCGCGGCGCUACUCCGCUUUGCCACUCCCGGGUGCUGGGAUAUUAUCCUUCACACCCAGUUCGUCGCUGCCAUCUCCAUGGUCGCGGUGCAAUGGCCCGAGUUCUCCUAUGGCUUUUUCAAGCAGGCCGCUUGGUCGACGCUCACCGGCAACGUUACCAUCAUUCGCCCUGCCGAUCUCGACAGCCGGUUCAAUCUGCUCUCGACCAAUGCGUCCCUGCCAUCGGGUGAAAUUAGCACACAAUUCUCCAACCGUACCUCGCCGCUGUACAUGAACGAGCAAUCCCCCAACCGCUUCAUGAACCUCGACGGCGCGCGUGCCGGCAUGGAAGCGUAUGCACACGCCGUAGGGCUUCGAACGCGUGAUCUUUUCGGUACCAGCCUCAGCAUCUGGUUCUUCAUUCUCGCGGCAGUUGUGGGCCUCUCGCUGCUGGUUUGGAUUGUCGACUCGUUCCACGACACCGUGCUGCGCUUGCAAAAGCAUCGCGAGGACGGCUACAGCCUCAAUGUGGCCGAUGCGCCCGUGGCUAUCGAGACCAAGGAGGUUGUCGAUGAUGAACCACGAUCGUCGCUCAGCCGUCCCGGAGGUUAUCGAUUUCUCGGUGCUGACGGCAAGCGCUUGUUUGGCUCGAGCGACAACACUUUCCAUCUGCGCAUGCUGCAUGGCAACGUGCUGCGCGCCGUCGCGCUCUUCCACCUGCCCAUCACCAUCUUCACCACCUAUCAGAUGGCCAACGCCGACAUCUUUUCAGCCACCUCGGUUGGUCUGGCUGGCCUCGCCUUUGCGUUCCUUUCGGUCCUGGCCCCCGUCUAUGCUGUGUUCUGCAUCAGCCGCGCUCCCACUGCCAAGCUCUACGAUUCCAUCGGCACCCUUUCUGCGUUUGGGCCGGUCUACAACAACUACAGCCCCGGUUCGCAGCUGUUCUGCGCGGUCGACUUUGCACGUACCUUCAUCCUGGGUGUGGUGAUCGGCGCGGGCCAGCAGAAUGGCAGUGCUCAGUCCAUCAUUAUCUUGGUGUUCGAGAUCAUGUUUGCAUUGGCCUGCGGUCUCUGGCUGCCAUGGGGCGAGGGUGCCAUGAUGGGGCCCGUCAGCUUUGUGGCCAAUGUGCUCCGCAUCUUUACAGCGGUCAUGAUCCUACUGCUGAGCCCCCUGGUCGGCUUGGGUCGUGAGGCCAAGGGAUGGCUGGCGUACGUCAUCCUCCUACUUCAGGCCAUCUUGUAUGUGUGCGCCGGACUCAUCUUGCUCGUCAAGAUGGUCGAAGGCGUCGUGCGUCUGGUGGGACGCGCCUCGUUCGACGAGCGUGCCUCGACCCGCAUGUCCGGGUUGGGAGGCGCCAUCCGCAAGAUCAAGAAGAAAAAGGAGGGUAAGCUGCAGCUCAACAAGAAGGGCAACAAGCGUCUUUCGCAGACGCGCGAACCGCUCAAUCGCUCAGGAUCCACCAACACACAGAGCCUCAUGCUUGCCAGCCUUGGCAAGGACGGCUCUACGGGUGAAAGCACGCCGGCAGUGCCGUCCUCGCCGCGAAAGCUUAGCACGUCGCUGCCGUCGACCGUUUCGAUGAAUCGCAUGCCCAUGCAUUCUCGCCAGGCGUCUUAUGCCUCGUAUCUCGACAGCCAGCUUCAGGGACGCAAAUCACCGGCGGACAUGUUGGCGGAUGGCAACGGCCCUUACUCGACGUAUCUGCGAGGUGACCCGCAUGACGAGGGCUACAUCAUGGCCGCGCUUCCACCCACGGUCGCGAAUGGCAGGGCCGUGUCGCCGCCUCCUCUGUUGCAUCAGUGGAGCGGACGACAGUCACCUCCGCCUGCACCUCAGUCUGGCUUUGUUCGAAUGGGCGGUGGACGCGCUACCGAUGCGUCGCCUUACCAGGCACUGCACGGUCACGGUCAAGGUCAAGGUCACGGUCAGCCUCCAAGACCACUGAGCAGUGGCAGCAUCGAGCGCACGUCUCCGCCGCAACAGUUCCGUUCUUUGCCGCCUCAACGCCGCGCACGUCCGCUGUCGCAAAGCGCGCUGGUCGAGUCGUACUUUGAUUUGCAUCGGCAGUCGAUGCCGCCUUCAAACCAAGACGACAACAUGGGCCUUUCGAGUACCGAAGCCGCUGCCCGUAACGCUACGAUCCGUCGAUACUCCCAGGGCGCGCAACUGCGUGCAAGUCAGUCGAUUGCUGGCAUGAUGGCGGUCGACGAAGAAGGACAGCCGAUCGAGCCCGCCAGCAAGAAGCAAAAGGGCAAGUUCUGGAAGCGCGGUGGAGGCGCACGCAGCGAUUCGGACAGCGACGAUGACGACGACGAUCAAGCAGCCUUCCGAUCUCGUGGCAGAUGGAGGGGCCUCAACAAGAUGACGGCGACCAUGUCGAGUUUGGCUGCACGACUUGGAGGUGGCAAGCCGGAUGGAGUGAUUGCAGAGGAAGGAAACAACAGCCUUGAGCCUCCCGCGUCUGAGGCGGAUGUCUCUGGCACAAGGCAAAAUACGGGCUUCGAAGUGGUGCGUCCACAACGGCCUCGGCGCAGCUCGGCAGCCGCGGAACGAGCAUUAGACUCGACAGCGUUGGCAGCAGCCACGUCGACGAGGGAUGGUGUUGGACACGGGCACCCAUCUCCCACACCUACUGCGGUUCAGCCGUACGGCAACACGGAUGUUGGGCCUGUUCGAAGCGGUAGCAGUCGUGGUGUCAUUUCGGCCGCGGAUGCAUACUCGAUGCCGGUGUACGAGGCGCAGCAGCAGCAGAGCGCACCAGCGAUGUACGAGUUCGACGCCUCGUCGGGCACACUUCCACCCGGGGCUGCUGAGCAAGCGCUAUUGUUUCCACAUCGCACGUCGCACCGGCCCACGUCGGCGGUGAUGGCGUCUAGCAGCAGCAAGCCAGCGGUGAACGAGGAUAUGUUUUGGGUGUCUACCUCGUCACGGCCGCAGUCGUAUGCGUCUCGACCGGUAUCGUCGUCUUCUUCACGCAUGGUGGCUGCGGCGCUAUCUGGAAGCGAAACCCGCGACUCUCGACAGCAGGUAUCGACGUCUUCAUCGAAAGGCAGAAUUGCCGAGCCGAUGCAAGCCGAGGUGGUCAACGCGGAAGAAUCGUCCUCUUCUGCUGGAGAAGAGGGCCGGACUCCACCAGUUGCGGCAGCAGGCACAGCUGUGGACCCGUUGGUACAGGUAGUUGCUAGCGCUGGCGCUGGUGCAGGAGCGAGGCGGUCGUCGAUGUUUGAUGCAGAUGGCCACCUGGUAUCUUCUGCGAUCAACUUUGACCGUCGACAGUCGCAAGCGUCGGCACCCACUCCUGCAACGCUGCUGGUCGAUCCAAGGGCGGCGUCAGAGAGUCGCCCGCCUGAGGUGUGGGACUCUGCGCAGGCGUACAAGUGA